UAGUAUUUGGCUGAGUGGUGUGUGUGUGUGUGUGUGAGUGUGCGUGUGUGCGGUCGGACUGUGGUUGUGUUUCAGGUCGGGUCGUGUUGAUAACGACACACAUCGGACGCAUUUCGUCGCGGAGAGAUGGGAAUGUUGCAGACAUGGCUGUAAGAGAGAUCGCGCUGACGCUCCUGGCCCUGCUCGGGUCCGCGGCUCUCGGUGACGCUUUACGUUGCAACUGCACAAACUGUGAGAAGACUGGCUUUGAGUGUGAAACGGAUGGCGCCUGCAUGGCCUCCACCUCCUACAUCCAGGGGAAGGAGCAACACGUACGCAUCUGUAUCAACCGGGACAACCUGGUCCCCCCUGGACAACCUUUCUACUGUCUGAGCGCUGAAGGCCUGCUCAACACACAUUGCUGCUAUGUAGAUUACUGCAACAGUAUUGAAGUCCCUGUCCCAACAAAGGGUGGGGACGGGUCUGGCUCAGGGAACUCCUGGGGGCCGGUGGAGCUGGUGGCGGUCAUCGCAGGGCCGGUGUUCCUCCUCUGUGUGCUGCUGAUGGUCGGCGUGUUCCUGUUCCAAUAUCACCAGAGGGCCUAUAGCCACAGGCAACGGCUGGAGGUCGAGGACCCAUCCUGUGACCAUCUGUACUUGGCUAAGGACAAGACCCUGCAGGACCUCAUCUAUGACAUGUCCACCUCCGGAUCAGGCUCUGGUUUGCCCCUGUUUGUGCAGCGGACGGUGGCUCGGACCAUUGUGCUGCAGGAGAUAAUUGGGAAGGGUCGUUUCGGUGAGGUGUGGAGAGGGAAGUGGAGAGGAGGAGAUGUGGCGGUGAAGAUCUUCUCAUCCAGAGAGGAGCGCUCCUGGUUCAGAGAGGCUGAGAUCUACCAGACAAUCAUGCUGCGCCAUGAAAACAUCUUAGGAUUCAUUGCAGCAGACAAUAAAGACAAUGGUACAUGGACUCAGCUCUGGCUUGUGUCAGACUAUCAUGAGCAUGGCUCUCUUUUUGAUUAUCUUAACCGCUACUCUGUCACCAUCGAGGGCAUGAUCAAACUGGCACUGUCGGCUGCCAGCGGCCUGGCACACUUACACAUGGAGAUCCUCGGCACUCAGGGUAAGCCUGGCAUUGCUCACCGAGACCUCAAGUCUAAAAAUAUCCUUGUUAAGAAGAACGGCAUGUGUGCCAUAGCUGACCUCGGCCUGGCAGUCCGCCACGAGUCCAUCACAGACACAAUCGAUAUAGCGCCGAACCAACGCGUAGGCACUAAGAGGUAUAUGGCUCCAGAAGUCCUGGACGAAACCAUCAACAUGAAGCACUUUGAUUCCUUCAAGUGUGCUGACAUAUACGCGCUGGGCCUUGUGUACUGGGAGGUAGCGCGCCGCUGCAAUGCAGGAGGUAUCCACGAGGAGUACCAGCUGCCCUACUUCGACCUCGUACCCUCUGACCCCUCCAUAGAGGAAAUGAGGAAGGUGGUGUGUGACCAGAAACUGAGGCCAAAUGUGCCCAACUGGUGGCAGAGCUACGAGUCGCUGCGUGUGAUGGGUAAGAUCAUGAGGGAGUGCUGGUACGCCAACGGAGCAGCCAGACUGACGGCCCUGCGCAUCAAGAAGACCCUGUCUCAGCUCAGCGUGGAGGAGGACGUCAAGAUGUGAGCGCCGCAAAAAAGGUGUGCUGGAGACGCACAACCAGACCACACUCCCAUAGGAAACGAACACUAAAGACAGACUGCAAAUGAAAACCCUGCCAGUUUUAAAGCCACACUCCAAGUUGUGACGAGGCCUACCUCACCUUUUUAGCCAAAACUACUGAGAGUCAUCCUCCCCCUUUUGACUGUACUCUCCCCCCCGCCUCCCUUUGUUCCCCGUGUCUCCUCCCCGUUCUCUUCGAAAUCCCCUUCUCCAUGGGCCACAACAAUACAGCACUAACACUGUUAAUAUCAUCACAAUCAACCUUUUUUUUCUUUCUUAUCAUUUCCCAUGGCAGGAAUUACUACUAUUCUACAGUGACAGGAUUUUUAUUUUGUUUGAUCUUUCUUACCUCUCUGAAAUAUGUCCCACGACGGACUAACUUGACCAGAAGAGUCGAGAAUGUUUCAUUUUUUUAAGAAUAACACUGGCCAUGCAGCAUCGCAAUAUGUUGCUGUGAGUGUGUGUGUGUGUUUCUAAGGGGGGGGGAGAGGCUGAAGCAGUGUUUGUAGUUGUGUGUAAAAGGUGUCUGGACUACUAGCAUGUUUCUAAGACACUAAGAUGUCCUCUGGUAUAGGCUGUAGCUCAUUAGACAAAUCCAGUAAUGGGACAUUUAAGCAUGAACACCCAGAUUUUGCUUUUUUUAAUCCCUCACUUGAAAACCUUCAAAUAGAAACGAGAUGCACUCAACUGUAGCUUCCUCUUCAUGUGUUUCACCUGCAGGUAUCACAUAACUCCAAUGUGGUCCGGUCCUGUUGUUAGUUUAAAAUGUGACGGGGAUAAUGUUUGGGAUGGUUUUAUUUUUUUAUUUAUUUGUCAAUAGUUUUUAUUUCAUAUUGAUGAACACUGUGAGAAGAGAUGUGACAAGCCAGAGUAUAAUAUGAUAUAAAAAUUAAUGUUGUAGUUCAGUCCAAGUCUUCACCAUCUUUUAGACUUUUAAGAUUAAGGGGGUUGUUGCAUUCAUUUCACCAAGAACCUGAGCGCAAAUAUGGAUGUAGCCAUAACCCCCUGUUUGUGACGGGCGAUAACAUCGUGCACACUGAGCAAAUAAGAGGCGUAUGAAAUGGCAAUGAAAAAUACUUAUUUUCUUUUUUUUGAAUAUAUUUUUGUGUUUUGUGUAAAGACAUCAUGAUGGGUGUUUUCUUUUGACAUUAGACACUACUGAUGAUGGGUACAUAUGAUUUGUAUAUAAAACAUGCAUUUCUUUCCUUUUUAAAUCUGAGCAGUGAUUUUGCUUUAACGGUACUCUCAGAGGUCUGUUUGUUUUGAUUUGUCCGCAUGGUUUCUAACUGUGCCAGGAAAUAGACUGUCAUCUGCAGGAAUUUGUUUUUAAACUUGAUCCUCUCAUGGCAAUUUGGUGGUACUACUGAUCCCAGAUCCUUUUGCUGCAACCUGUUUAUUAUUAUUAUUAUUAUUAUUAUUAUUAUGUAUAAUUGUUGGAAUUGCUUGUUGAGUUCUUUUCAGAGUUUCGUAAUGCAGAUCUGUUUCUACAUAAUGUCCUCUAGGGUGACAUCUCCUUCUCAUUGACACUGGAAUAUUUAGGAGCCUCAUAAUGAAUUCUGAUACUGCCAAUGGCUUUUUAUUCAGAAAUAAAGACAGCUGCUGACAGUUCACACACAGGGAACAUACAUGUGAAAAGUAGUUUUACAUUUUACCCUCAAAAGACUGACAUGCUGUAAAGUUAAACUGCAUGUUUUCAUUCUACUUUGUCGUUCUGCAGCUUUGAGUCUGUCUGCAGACAAAUCUAUGAAAGUAUUACACUGACAGUUGUCACCGUAGGGCUCUGCACUGUUAUGUCCACAUGGGCUUUAGUUAAUGUCGGUUAUGUCAUCACUUGAUCCAGAGUCCCUGUGUCAUGAUAGAAUCCCAUUUUGCAUGCUGUCUCAAACACUGGGUCCUCUGCACUGAGGUAGAUAAACUUAAGACUUGUCUUUUCCCUGUCCCUACCUGUUGUUUUCUUUGCUCCUUUUUUGAUUGGGUCGUUGGCUGUGUACCCCAGAAAUGUUGCUGCUACUGUUAACAUGGGUGGAAGUUCAGCAGGCAGACCGGAGAAGGAGAGCUGGGAGAGAAAAUAGGGAGACUGCUGUCAGUUGAACCAAAAUUGUCAAAACACUCCUGUCCAUGUUUGGUUUUGUUGCCAUGGGUAUAUGACCAUCAGACAUCCUGUUCAUAAGUAUACUUCAAGAUUUUCAAAAAUCAUGUUGUGCAAAUCUUUUCAGAAUUAGUUGAAAAGUGUAUAUAGAUGAUAUACAAUA